AUGGUUGGAAGCUAUAGGACCUACAGCAGGACAUCAAGGAAUCCCAAGAGGCCCUUUGAAAAGGAUCGUCUCGACCAAGAGUUGAAAUUAAUCGGUGAAUACGGUUUAAAGAACAAGCGCGAGGUGUGGAGGGUACAAUACGUGCUUUCCAAAAUUAGAUCCGUUGCACGUUAUCUGCUGACUCUUGACCCAAAAGAUAAUAAAAGAGUAUUUCAAGGCGACGCUCUGUUGAGGCGUAUGGUCAGAUACGGACUUAUGAGCGAGAAUGAAAGGAAACUCGAUUUUGUCCUCGGGCUGACCCUAUCGAAGCUGAUGGAGAGGAGACUGCAAACAAAAGUGUUCAAGCUUGGACUAGCAAAAUCAAUACAUCACGCAAGAUGUUUAAUCAGACAACGCCACAUAUGCGUCCACAAGCAGCUGGUGGACAUUCCAUCCUUCCUAGUGAGAGUGGACUCUGAGAAGCAUAUAGAUCUCGCACUCACGUCACCCUACAGCUCAGGAAGACCAGGAAGAGUACGCAGGAAGACGGAAAGGUCUAAGAAGUCCGAAGAAUAA